GCACGGGCAGGGCUGCUGGGCGGACUGCGUGGUGAAGAUGCGGCUUCGCUCGGCGUGUCGUCGCAGCCGUGCGGUAACGUCUCUAUUCUGAGCUGCAGGACGUCUAGACGCCUCUUCCUCUUCUUCUUCUUCUUCUUGUUUUGUUGUUGUCUGGAUAGACGCCGGUUGUCCCUGAAAAGCCUCCUCACCAUGGAUCUCUCCUUUAUGGCAGCGCAGAUUCCGGUGAUGACGGGAGCGUUCAUGGACUCCUCCCCGAAUGACGACUACAGCACCGACCACUCUCUGUUCAACUCCUCAGCCAGCGUCCAUGCCGCGUCUCUGGCGGCCCACGGCCCGCCCGAGGAGCCCCAGUCCAUGUCCAGGGAUGCCAUUUGGCUCUGGAUUGCCAUCACCGCCACCAUUGGGAACAUAGUGGUCGUGGGCGUUGUGUACGCAUUCACGUUCUGAAAGCUAACCGCAGUGAGCCGAGAGGUUUGCAGGGUGCAAGUCACUGGUCCACAUGCAGCAUAUAUAUAUAUUUAUGACUAGAACUGUGAGUGUGUGGCUGUGUGUGUUGAGGAUGACUCACACAACGGCUUUUGUCUAGUCAUAGAUGGUACGCAUCAGGAAAAUUGCAUUGCGGUGCUUGUGCACGAAGCACUUGUGUCCUAAUGAGGUUCCGCUAGUGAAGCGUGGUGGGAACUGAAACAUGGAACAAUCACGGAACGGCACAGGAACGAUGCUUCUGUGAAAGGAGAGCGGUAAUAGUGUAUCCAACAUACCAAUUGUUCUCUCUGCUGUACAUACAGAAAACCAAAUCAGUGUGUAU